AUGGAAAAAAGGAAAUCGGCUCGUUUAUUGAUGUGCUGCCUCUGCUUCAAAUUAUUUAAAUCAAGGUCUUAUUUGGCCCGUCACAAAAUUUCUCAUAGCCAAAAACGACAGUUUUUCUGCAAAAUUUGUGGGAAUUCCUACAAAUAUAAGCAUGGCUUAACUAGACAUGAAAAGAGGCUUCAUUAUAACGAGUGGCUAGCUUCGCUAUGACUUCUCGCUCUCAAAGAUGAUGAAAAAACUGAAGAAAAAACAGAAAAUAAAGAAGCUGUUGAGGAUAGUUUUGAUGUAGGCUAUUAUUUAAACUUACUCCCCCCUUCCGUGAGUGAACAAAAAAAUUUUGUUCACUCACGGAGGGGGUUAAUUUUUUUUUCCAAAUUUAAAAAAAUCAUAAUUCGCAAAAUUGAAAGCAAAUAUUAAUUUAAUUUAUAAAAUUUAUGUUUUAAAAAGCAAUUCGUUUAAAAUUACACAGAAUUAACACUAGAUUUCAUUAUACUAAUUAUCAUUUAUAUAUCAAUUUUUUUUUUUCCAUAAAAAAUUUUUCUACUAAAAAAAUUUUUGUUCACUCACGGAGGGGUGGGUUUUUGGCAAAAAAUAGCGAUUUUUCUAAUGGUUUGUUCACUCACGGAGGGGGGGAGUUAGAAGACUCUGAUAAAGAAAAUAAAGGAACAAAAAAUAAGCAAAAGAAAAAGAUAAAUUUUGGUAGCAGCGUAAUUGAAACAUCACCUUUUCCAAAGGUUGAAAGUAAUUAA